AUGCCGCUUGAUUUAAAUGGACCCAUAGCUCACGUGGCCGCGCGCCUCCCGGUAUCCAUCAGCACACUGAUCAAGAUGGAUGACUUUCCGACUCUCCAACAGUCCAUCACCUCUUCCUUGGUCUCCGCCACCCGUACCGCAUCCCAGCUCGCCGCCGCCGACCUUCAAUUCCACCGUUCUCUCAAUAGCUCACUAAGCACUUCUCUCGAUCAGCAGAAUGCGCGGCUUCUCACUCUUGCGGAACGUCUUCUGGGCUCUGCGAACCAGACUGCGGAAAGUGUACGUCCUUCACCACGUAGCCUGAGCGACAUCGAGGCCGUCGAAGGCAAUUGGCGGGCCGUGGUUGACGUACUCGAUAGUCUACUCGAGCGCGCGGAUACUGCAUUGGACGAGUUCACUGGCGCGGUACGAAGGCUUAGUCCAGGCGCGGCGGAGCAGGCUGGGAAGCAGGCGGAACGAGCUGGUGCAGCAAGGCCAGGGCGAAUAGCGGCAAGCUUGAGGAACCAGGAAAUCGAGAAGCCACAGCUCAAGUUCGAGCAUGUACCCAGGAAUGAUGAGGUCGGUAUCUUUGUGCCGUUAUUGGAAGGAAAGCCACACGCCAAGCGGUCGCUGGCCGAUAGACAGCAGGGCGAGCAUCCCUACCAGCGAGAGAUUGAGGAGUACGCAUACCCCGAAGAGGUCCAUACCCAGGCUGAACCGAUCAUGUACCACCCUUUCGACACGACGACCGCCACUUUCGUCGAUACCGAGGAAGCUAUGUAUGGCAUGCUGGACGAGCUGAAGCAGGCAAAAGAGCUCGCCAUUGAUCUGGAGCAUCACGACCAACGCACAUACAUUGGCGUGGUCAGCCUCAUGCAGAUCAGCACGCGUGACAAGGACUGGAUCGUCGAUACACUGAAACCCUGGCGACGGAAGCUCAAUUGCCUGAACGAGGUAUUUGCAGAUCCAUCUAUCACCAAAGUACUGCAUGGCGCGUACAUGGAUGUUGUCUGGCUACAACGCGAUCUCGGGCUCUACCUUGUUGGCCUAUUCGACACUCACUACGCCUGCAGGGCACUCGGCUAUCCCGGCGGCAGCCUGGCAUAUCUACUGAAAAGGUUCGCGAACGUGGAUGCUCAGAAGCAGUACCAGACAGCCGACUGGCGAAUACGACCUCUACCACAAGAGCUGUUUGAUUACGCUCGAAGCGACACGCACUACUUACUCUACAUCUUUGACAGCCUACGUAACGAACUCCUUCAACGAUCUGACUUUAGUAAGCCAGACCGCGAAGGCGACAAAUUGUUCGAUGUCCUCGAACGCAGCUCCGAGACGGCACUACAGGUAUAUGAACACCCAAUCUACGACUCUGCGCUUGGCCAAGGGUCCGUGGGUUGGUACAAGCUACUCGCUCGCACACCAGCUUUACUCAACAAAGAACAAUUCGCCGUCUUUUGUGCAGUGCACAAGUGGCGCGAUGAUGUGGCAAGGGAACAGGACGAUAGUACGCACUUCGUCAUGCCCAACCACCAUAUAUUCAGUAUCGCAAAGGCUGUCCCAAUCUCGAAGCCAGAUGUCUUCAAUGCCGCACAUCCAGCUACGCAGAGCAUGAGGCUGAGGAUCGACGAGCUAGUUCCGGUGAUUCAGACGGCGCAGAAGGAUGCGCCAAAUGGCCUGGAAAUGAUGGAUGUGUUGCAAAAGAUUGAGCCGCACUUUCCAAGGAGGGGUGUGGCGAAGGAGGCUGCGGCAUCAGCACACUCUGUGGCAGCGUUCGUGCCGAAAUCAGCGCCUGCUGUGGAUUGUGCCAACAGCGUAACUGGUGCAUCAGCACUUCCUCUGAGAAGUGCUACGUCCACUUUCUGGGGCUCAUCAAUGCCGGCAGGCACGCAGCAGCAAAGUCGCGCCUUGUCGAAUGUUCCCGCGAUUUCACUCAGCGUACCACUACCACCACUCAUGGCUGAGAUCUUCGGGGAUCCCUCUGAACAGGUCUCCACGCCUAUCAUGGCCACGGAGCCUGCUGCGAUGGAAGCGUCAGCUGCGGCAGAACCGCAGGAAGACGAGACAUUUAUACUGAAGCAGUUGGGCAAAAAGCGAAAACGACCAGUCGCAGAGUCCAGUAUCACCGUUGGCAUGGUCGACGGUAUGGCAGCGAACAAUGACGAAGUAGCUCUGACACAGGACGACCAAGAGCUAGAUCUAUUAGGCAAAUCAGCCCGACACAGAGCUCGGAAAGAAGCAAAACGGGCUGCCAAACUUGCGGCCGCCAGUGGUAUGGACGCAGACGACCUCGAGCCGGGAGGUGUGCAGUUGAACGGGCACAAUCGGGAUGACGAAGUUUUCGACUACGCUUCCGCACCUAGUAUGCUGAACCCACCACGUGAAUCUCGUGAAGAGAUGAGGGAAAGGAGGAAGAAGGUGGUGGAUCCUUACAAGAAGAGCUCGGAUGUUCCGAAACCUCUUAGUCGGGUGCAGAGGGAGAGGGCUGGUAGGAGCAUGACCUAUAGGUCUUGA